AUGGAUUAUCGCAAACCAUCCGAAGCAGGACCUUCGAACAAUACUAGUGCAUUGGACGCAUUGGAAGCACCACAUCCACGUGAGUUUUUUCACGACGAAAGCGAAAUGAAGAGUUUAGCGGAAGAGUUGCCAACGGUAGCAGAGGAAGAACAAUCUGGUCUCCUGCCGCCCAUCGAUUAUACCGGUACGGCUCCCGGCGAUGAUUAUGCAGCACCCGAUAUCGAGCAGCCUGUCAACAAUAGUAUAGAGGAGGGCUUUGAAGAUGAGCCAGCAGUGCAAGAGCAUCAAGCAAUGGAAGAAGAACAGGAAGACCUUAUGGACCGGAAACUACCUGCCAUCGAUAAUCAUGUUAUGCAACCUCUUGACGAAAUAAUGGAAGCGGAAGAAGAUCGGAAAAUGCCAGCCAUGGAACCUAUGCUCAAGGCUCCCCCUCCGCCGCAAGUUCCUGAGGAGGCGCCAGCUCCAACCUUGCUCAAGCCCCCACCACCGGAUUCUGCCCCAUCCUGGAACCAUCUGAAAUCACCACCGCCUCCGUUAGGCGAAACGUCCGCGUCGGAUGAAGAUGCCGCCGCUCCUGAUCAUGCGGCUUUUAUUCCUCCCGCGCCUGCAACAAUGGAUCCUGAUGAAGCUGCCAAAGCGGCUGCUGCUGCCCACCAACCAGCGACAAAGCCAGGGGCGGUAGCUAGUAGUAGUCAAGAAGAAGCAGAUGCUAAAGCCAAAGAAAUGGCAGCCAAGGAACGGGGCGAGGAUGAACCACUGCUUCAACCACAACAACAACCACCAAAACAGCAACAGCCUACUAAGAAAAAGCGAGAAAUUAACAAGGACUUCCAGGAUGUUCAAAAAACCGGCAAAUGGGGUGAGAUUAGCAAGGCAGAAUUAUAUGGAAUUGGAGCGUUUGUGCUGGCCGUGAUUGUCAUUGUCGUCGUGGUCGUUUCCGUGGUAGCCACACGAGAUCGAACCGAGGAAGAAACGGUGCUACCCGCCACCAUGCCACCGACACCCGCCGUUACACCACAACCUCCCGAGGAAAAACUCCCCAUUUUAUUGGAGAUUUGGAAAAACAACCCGGUGACAUCCCAAAUCAACUUGAUCAACGACCCAUUGUAUUAUUAUUAUCAUGAUGAUGACACAGAAGAUGCACUACAAAAGAAAGAUUGUGCCACGGCACCGCUGGAAUGUGCCAUGUCCUGGUUGUUGUAUCAAGAUGACUUUCCACCUCCCACCGAUCAUGUCGGCACUCGAUUUGCCUUGGCCAAUUUCUACUAUGCAUUGCGGGGAGAUAAUUGGAACCAAAAUACCAACUGGUUGACCAGUUCCAGCUAUUGUGAUUGGUAUGGGAUCACCUGUAAUCGGGGGCGGACCCAGGUGGAAGAAAUCGAUUUUGAUGGAAAUAACCUGCAAGGAGAAAUUCCGCUGGCACUCGCGUUAGUCAGCCAAGUUACCGUGAUAUCACUCAAGGACAAUGCUAUUGGUGGAAACUUGCCGGGAGAUGUCUUUGCGGCCAUGCCCAAUCUCUUUGUCUUGUAUGCACAAGACAACAACUUUACUGGACCGAUCCCGGACAAUCUUCGCGACAACAAAUCCCUAGUCUUGUUGUUUAUCCAACACAACAAUUUCGAGGGACCCUAUCCACCGGCAUAUUGCUCUGCUGGAGAAAACGAACUUGGACCCGUCUUCCCAGAGUUUAGUGUGGAUUGCGACAAAAAUCCAUGUCCUCCUACCUGCUGUGAGCCCAAGAAUUGCUUUUACACGUAA